AUGCCAGGCUUCGAGGUGAGCCCCGAGGAAGGCCUCGAACCAGGAUCGUGUUGGAUGUUCGUGUUCGAAGGUGCCUCGAAUGCUCGAGGUCAUGGUAUAGGUGUUGUUAUCACUUCUCCAACUGGUUUCCACCUUCCGUUUACCUCUAUAUUAUGUUUUGACUGCACUAACAACAAGGCAGAAUAUGAAGCAUGUAUCUACGAUUUAGAGGCGGCAAUCGACUUGAGGAUCAAGAUUCUUGAGGUAUUCGGUGAUUCAGCUCUGGUAUCAGUCAGGGAAGAAAAUCAGUUAGCAGAUGCUCUAGCCAUGUUGGCAUCUAUGUUCAAGGUCAAAUGGAAGAAUGAAGCACCGUCCAUCCAGACUGACCACUUAGAUGAGCCAGCACAUUGCCUAGCAGUUGAGGUCGAUCCUGACGAUAAGCCCUGGUUCUACGACAUAAAAACAUUUAUGGAAAAACAUCAAUAUCCCGAGGGUAUAUCCAUUACUGAUAAGAAGGCUCUGUGA